AUGUCGGGCUCGGGUCCCGAUGUCGUUCGCAUCAAGCGCAAGCGCUAUGAGCAAGCGCCGGAAGCACUGAUGGUCGAGCGGCCAGGCAAGAGACAGCAUACCCAGGAUGUCCAUUACGUGCUCAAGAAGGAUACCACAGAUGCCUCGCAAGGAGGACUGUUCUCGGGGCACAGCGCUGCGAACCCGCCAGCUACCUCACGACCCUCGCCCUCGCAUGCUCCAGGCAGUGGUCUAGACUCGCCUGUGAGCGCCAUCAAGGAGCGUAGGAUCUUCCACCUGAAGCGCCCCAGCACGCCGGAGGCUGGCAUCAAGAAGCGCAAAACAAAAGAUAACGAGGAUGUCAUCGCGACUUUCAUCGAGCGCCGAAGCAAGAAGAACGCGCAAGAUCUUCUGCAUCUAGCCAAGGGCGGGAAUGACGCUGGUGCAAGUCCUGCGCCUGCCGAUAACCUCAAGCGGCCGGGCAGGGGAUCUGCUGUUCGUGCGGGUGGACGGCAUGGCGCAGGUGCGCCAACCUUCGGCGGUGCCAGUACUGCGGGGCCUACCAUGGUCGCAGUAGCAAAUUCGUUGAAUCAAUUCGCUAUGGAAGAGGCAGCAAAGGAACAGCUUCCACCAAGGCCCAAAGUGACCGCCAAGCCUAAGCUUCCUCCGCAGCGCAGCCGAGAAUUGCAUCAACAGAGGAUUGCAGACAAAGCUGCGCUCGACCACCAACGAGACACCGAGAUGGACAUGGACGAUGAUGCCGACUAUGUCUACGAUACCUAUGUCCUUGCUCCAGUCCCACAAGCCGGCAACGCUCAGGUGAGCGCGCAAGAUUCCGGUGGGAACGUGGGCUACCUGGUCAUCACCGAGGAGGACCAGGCUGCAUGGGAGACCUACAUUGAAGACGAUCCUAGCGAUAAAGACUGGGACAGUAACGAAGAUGACGAGAACGCCGAGGACUGGUAUGGCGCUGACUAUCCUGAUGAUGAAGUCGCCUCGGAUGAUGAAUACGGUCGCAACGCAUAUGGCUAUCGUGCUCACGGAUCAGACAACGAGGAGUGGGACGCUGACACUGGCAACUUCAGCGAUGAUGAGUAUGAGCGGCAGAUGAAUCCGUGGCGCAAGAAGAUUCCGGAGAAGUUUUCGGGGUAUCUGACAGGUGCGGUUAAGGGCGUCGCCGAAGAUGAGGACGAAGAUUAA